AUGAAGCCUCUGCUGUUUUGGGCGUUGAUUUCCGCUGUAUUUGCCGAUUUUACCCCACAUUUUCGCCGGUUCCUUCAUGAUAGCUAUGGCAUAUCGAUGGUGACGCAGUUGGAGCGGACGGAUCUCGGUCCGGGCGCUUCUUUCGGCGGGCGCAUGGACCAAUUCGAAGAGCCCAAACAACAAGCCGUCAUCAUCAUCCACGGCAUCACCAACACGGCCGCCCGAUUCCACGGCACAGUGAAAUAUCUGCGGCAGCAUGGAUACCGAAAUUCGGAGAUCUACGGGACGACGUGGGGUGAUGGUGGGGCGACACCGGUCGGGCUGGUGGAUAUGAAGUGUUCGUACGUGAAGCAGAUCAGAUCGAUGAUCAUCGCCGUUCGGCAAUACACCGGGACCGCCGUCGACGUCAUUGCAUACUCAAUGGGGUCACCGCUGGCAAGGAAAGCUAUCUUGGGCGGUCAAUGCAUGGACACGCGAGAAAUUCUGGGCCCUCCACUUACCGAGCUGAUCGACACCUUCCUAUCAGUGGCCGGAGCGAAUUAUGGAAGCUCGCUAUGUGCAAUUCCGAUUCCGGACAUCAACCAUCAAACAAAAUACGAGGGCUUGUUCGUCUUCAGUCUAUUUUCGACGAGUGAUGAGAAGGUCGGUUUCCGGGCAUGUGGUAGACCGGUAAGUCCGAUUUUGGGUGGAACGGGCUUUGUAAAACGAGACGGAAUGAACCAUGAUCAGUUGAUGGACAACACAAUCCCCAUCCAAGUCAGCUUCAUCCAAAAACACAAGCCCCGA